AUGCGUACAGUUUUCAUAGGAAUAGUUACCUUGAUUCUGGGAGUCUUCGGCUCUCCAAUCCCUCAAAAUUCCGACGUUUAUGCUGAUCCACUAUGCCCUGGAAAUAUAAAGAACUUAUGGUUAGAUGUCGUUGUAGUUGUAGAUAAAUCUCAAUUGAUGACAAAUUCUCAAUUAUGGCAGGUUCGAAACACUAUCUCUCAAGUAUUCGGUGCUGUUUCAAACAUCGGCCCAACCAAAUGGCCCGCUGAUCCACGUAGUACUUGUGUUGGAGUGGUGACUUAUGAUAACAGUUCGACGGUGAAUGCAGAAGUAGACGCAUCGAAAUCGUUCUCUGAUUUAUAUAACGUCAUUCAAAGUUCAUUAGUGGCUGUAGACACUACGAAUACAUCUUAUUUGAGCAGUGGUUUAUUGGCCGCUGAGAAAGCAUUCAAGGACUCCAGACAACGGACUUAUCGCUACAAAUUCCAGCAGGUCGUCAUUGCAUUUGCUGCUGAUUACCAAGGAUCUGGAACAAUUAAAGAUGCGAAACCAGUUGCAAACCGUCUGAAGAACAAUGGAGUAUCUAUUAUAACUGUCUCAUGUACAAAUGAUCCAAAUGCAUCGAAUGAAAUUCAAUCACUUGCCAGCCCAGGAUUCAACUUUAUUGAUGAAAUGAACACGGCCAAGUUGGUGAAACAGUUGACAAAUGCACUUCUGAGCGUCAAUUGCUUCUGUCCAUCUGAUUACACUCAAUAUAGAGCUGACUACCAUGACCCUACAUCAACUCAAUACGGUAUCUGCAUAAAAGGGUACAUUGAAACCGGAAGUAUCCUUGAUCCAUAUCAACAUGCAAUUGAUUGGUGUGAGUAUGAAGCGACAAACGGAAUUCUGGUCAAUGAAUUCUCUAAACAAAAGCAUGAUUUCAUCACGUAUUAUAUGAAUGACGCUUUUGGAGUGAACAAGCCUCAAGAAUAUUACAUUGGAUUAAGAUAUCUGAAAAAUCAGUGGGUGUGGGAACAACCAACUGGACAAGAGAGAAUUCCGUUGGAUCCAAAUGGUUGGACAAACUGGGCUCCAGGAUAUCCACAAGCGAAUUCAACGGGUCAAGUCAUUGCCGAUCAACCAUGGACAAAAGGAUCCAGUGAAUUCGUCUGGGCUCCUCCACAAACAGAUGAUUUUUAUUUCGUGUGCCAAGCUGUAGCGAGUAGCACAGAAAAUUUCACAGGCCAACUCUAA